CAUAAAUCAACGUUCCACCAUGCCACUUUCAAACCCUUUUCUUUAUUAUAGCUACACAACUAUAGAACAACAAUAUUGCUGCGCUGGCUCCUUCCCUCCCUUAAUUUCACCUUCAAUUUCUUAUUAGUAUAUAUUUUAAACUUUGCUAGAUUGUUUCCUAAACACACAACACUCUCUUAUUUUCCCCUCUGCUUGUAGAAAGCAGAAGGGCGAAAUAUUUCGUUAAUUUAGUUAAUUAUUUCCCUUUCGUUCUCCAUAGUCCAUAAUCUCUCUCUCCACAUAACACGAUGGCUGAAAAUUCUAUGAUCAUUAGCAUUGACCAAAAAGCAAUGGUUACCCCUCAUGAAGAACCUAAUUAUAACAUCACUCGUUCUUCCCUCAAGAAUUCCAUGAGGCCGAAGAACUUCUUCAAGGUGGCGCUGUUCAUGAUGCGAGGGCGUUCUCGUAAAUCCAAAAUGCUCGCUGUGGAUGACGAGUCCAAGAGCAUAUGGAGGAAGCUCGUGGGGUCCAUGAGGCCAUUGCACCUACAAAGCAACCAUGACGAUGAUAAUAAUAAUAACGUUAAUCCUCAUCAAUCUAAAAUGAUGAAGACUACCUCGGCGCCGUCUGAAAACGGCGACGAUAGUUUUGACUCUGCAACGGAGUUUGGAAACUCGUCGUCUCCGGCUAGUAGCCGUUAUGCCUCGGCCGUUGGGUUAAACGAAAUGGUGCAGGAGGAGGAGGAGAAUGAGAAGAUUAAUAAUAAUGAUGGGGAGGGGGAUGAGAUGAUUGAUGCCAAGGCUGAAGAGUUCAUUGCUCAAUUUUACCAUCAAAUGAGGUUGCAGCGUUUGGAUGUCAUGGAUCAUCAUUACCAAGAGAUAAGCAUGAGGUCCUUAGGCUUAUGAUUAGCUUCAUCGUGCUUCCUUCACCUCUAAUUAUGCAAUCCUAUGACCUAUGCAUGCAUGCAUGGAUGGCUUUAACGGAAAAUUUCUUUUUCUUUUUGUUUCCUUUUUUGGUAGAAAUAUACGGGACUAUAAAAAUUACCCUUCUCAAUGCAUAGAAGAGGUAUGUAUGCAUUUAUGAUUAUAAAAAAAAUAAUGCAUACAUAAAGGUUGAACAACGAAGGAAAUGAGUUUUCAGCUAACUAAGUACUUGUUUGGUUUACCGAUUGAAAUUUUGCAUCCUACCUAAUCCAAUGGGUAAAAGCAAAAUAAAAUAAAAGAGUUCUUAAUCUUUUUCAGAAACAUGUUUGCCUAAAAAAUAUUUUUUCACCUGAUUUUCAAACAUUGCUUGUCCUUAUUGUGAUGUUAGGGAGAAGAACGAAGUUAUAUGUGACAAUUAACUAUUUG